AAUUUUCACCACUGUUUGCAGCUUUGCUGUGUCAUUUUUUAGUUUACUUUUUGUUAAAAAAAAAAAACAUUUCGCGAUAUUGGUAUUCGCGUUUAAAUAAGUUUUCAAUAAAUUUUGCAUUCAUAUUAAGAUAUCCAUAAAAUGGCAUCAGAGCGCUAUAGUUUUUCUCUAACCACGUUCAGUCCCUCAGGGAAGUUGGUCCAAUUGGAAUAUGCUUUAGCAGCUGUAUCGGCCGGUGCCCCUUCUGUUGGAAUUAUGGCAUCUAAUGGUGUCGUGAUUGCAACAGAAAACAAGCACAAAUCUGUUCUGUACGAAGAACACAGUGUCAAUCGUGUUGAAAUGAUAUCCGGUCAUAUUGGUAUGGUAUAUUCAGGUAUGGGUCCGGACUAUCGCCUUUUAGUUAAGCAAGCCCGUAAACUUGCACAAAACUAUUUUCUAACAUACAAGGAGCCGAUUCCUGUAGCUCAAUUAGUUCAGCGUGUAGCGACACUAAUGCAGGAAUAUACACAGAGUGGUGGUGUAAGACCUUUUGGAGUAUCAUUACUUAUCUGCGGUUGGGACAACGACCGUCCUUACUUGUUCCAAUGUGAUCCAUCAGGAGCAUACUUUGCCUGGAAGGCUACAGCAAUGGGUAAAAAUGCGGUUAAUGGCAAAACAUUCCUAGAGAAACGAUACAGCGAAGAUUUGGAACUAGAUGAUGCCGUGCACACCGCCAUUUUAACCCUUAAGGAAGGAUUUGAAGGUAAAAUGACUGCAGAUAAUAUAGAAGUUGGCAUUUGUGACCGUAACGGUUUCAAGCGUUUGGAUCCAGCCACCGUGAAAGACUACUUAGUCAAUAUCCCUUAGAUAUAAGACAGGACGAAAAAUACUGCUUGAAAAAGUAUGGAGCAGGACUUUAGCAAACAGUAACAACUUGCAAAAUUAAAGAAAAAAAACAAAUAUUUAAUUGUAAACAUUUCAAAUGUGGUUUAUGUGUUUUUUUUUUGAAAAAUAUACAUUUUUUAUUUCAAAGAAA